CCCGCCCGUCCCUGCCCUGAACCAAUCGGUGCCCGAGCUCGGAGCGCUGGGGGAAACCAAACGAGAGCGCGGGCGAUGGAGCGGAAGCUCAGCCUGGAGCAGCGAACGGAGCGCCUGGUGCAAAGGAGCCAGGCCCUGCUCAGGCCCCGCCCCCGCGGGCCGGAAGGGGUGAAGCCUCUGCUUGGCUCCGCCCCCUGCAGCUCCACCCUCGAUGACCCCCUCGUCCAAUGGCGCUUGAGGCGGUGCCAAGGGGAGGAGCCGGCGCUGGACACGCCCCCGGUGGGCAGGGCCCUGCUGGGCUCUGCUGCUCCCCGGGGUUCCCUGCAGGGAGUACCACCGGGGAGGUCAUGUGACCCACCUGAGGCGCCAUGGCCAAUCGGGAGACACUUCUGCAAGCACCAGGGGGCGUCUUCACCCCACGCUGUGUCCCAGGAACCCUUGAAGCAGGAUCCAUGUAGGAGGCCGCCUGACUCCCACAAGACCCUAUGGCCAAUGAGGAGCAGCUCUCUGGAUACCCUGCAGGGGGCACUAUACUCACAGUCACGUGACUCCCACCAUGCCCUGAGGCAAAUCAGCCGCAGCUGCUGUGCUCCUCUGCACAAGGGGAAGGGGGCACCACCUGGUGGGAAGCAAGACUCCCAUGAGCCUUUGCUGCAGGAGCCAUUUUGGGGGUCAGAUGACUGCCUCGGGGCUCUGUGGUGUGCCCCAUAUUGGAAGGAUGCCCUGCGGCCUGCAAAGGAGGCGCUUCCGGAGCCCCUGCGCCAGGGAGGGCCCGGCUUGAGGUCACGUGACCCCCGUGAGGCCCCACAGCCAAUCCGGAGCAGUGCACGUGAUGCCCUCCAGGGGGUGCCAUGGCAGGAGCCACUGGCCCCCCCAGGCCCUCUUGGGGACCCCCUCCUCUGGAUGCUGCGAUGCCACCGCCGGGCCGUAAGAGGACGCCUUCGGGCCAUCGAGACCCUCCUGGAAUGCCCACCUGGGCACCCCCAACCCAUGGUGGGGCCAUUAAAGCAAUGACACCCCAAAAUUGCACCAGGGAGGUGGGGAGACCCCCAAAACUCCCUCCCUUACCUCCCCCACCUUUAGGAUUCCCCCAAAUCCCCUCUGCCCCGAAAUGUCCCCAAGAGCAUUUGGGGGCUUCUGGGGGCUCCAAAGCGGCUGUUGGUGGAGUGCUGGGUGUCUCUAGGGGGUCCGUGAGGGUCUGUGGGGUGUUUGGAGGGGCUCUGAGGCUGAGGAAGGGAUUUGGGGAGUUUAUCAGGAGCGCUGGGAAUCGGGAGGGGUUGGGAGGGCACUGUGUGUCUUUAGGGCGUCUAGAAGAGGUCUAUGGGAUUUUU